UCGGGUCACCAGGUAUGACAGCGGGCACUGGGUCACCAGGCAUCAGGUCAUUUGGCUUGCCAGCGGGCACCGCGUCAUCUGGCAAGGCAGUGGGCACCGGGUCACCAGGUAUGACAGCGGGCUCUGAGUCAAUUGGCACGACAGCGGGCACUGGAUCAGGUACCGGAUCAUCUGGAUCAACAGCGGGCAUCGAGUCAACUGGCCUAAUAGGAUCGUCGGGCUGGAUCAGUUCAUCCUGCUGAGUAGCGGCAUCAGGCUGAAUGCAGGCAUCAGGCCGAGUAGAGGCUUCAGGCCGAGUAGCCUUCAGGCCGAGUAGAGGCUUCAGGCCGAGUACAGGCAUCAGGCCGAGUACAGGCAUCAGGCCGAGUACAGGCAUCAGGCCGAGUACAGGCAUCAGGCCGAGUACAGGCAUCAGGCCGAGUACAGGCAUCAGGCCGCGUAGAGGCUUCAGGCCGCGUAGAGGCUUCAGGCCGCGUAGAGGCUUCAGGCCGCGGAUCGUAGGGGGGCUUCAGGCCGCGUACAGGCAUCAGUCUGAACCACGGAAGGCAGGCUCACCGGUUUUUUGGAUACUGGCAGGAUGGUAGAGGGCUUUUUUACAGGGUUAAAGGCAGGGUAGGUGCAGCGAGUGGGAACAGGGUACUGACAUGCGGUAGAUAGCCAAGUAUACUGGGCUGUAACUGGAGGAGCUGGUGGGAAUACAGGAGUAGAGUUAGAAGCAGGACUG